AUGGACAAGGUGGUAUCAAACCAAGUUGCAGAUCUUCAUGAUUUAUCGUCUUGUGCAACAAUGGGACUGGUUACAGUCAUCUGUGUUGAUGCAUCUGGUGGGCUAAUGUCUAAACCGAUGGAGGUUAGUAGAAUUCGGAUUGGGGAGAGAGAUAUCAGCAAUGAUAUGACAUCAGAAAUUAAUGAAGUUGUGCUCGACAAACUUAAGCAAGGAGCCAGCGUAUCUGUUCUUGCCCCGGAGUUUAUUCUUUCUCCAGUGUCCAAUUCACUUAUUUCUUGGGCAGAAAACACUUGGGGCGUGAACAGAGAAUCUUUUGGUGAGAACCUUACCAUUCUUCAGAGCAUAGCAAACAAAUGCUCAGGGAAAGGGAAAUGGAGUUUUGGAACUUCAACGAGAUGGUCUAAUCUUGCUAGCUCUGGUGGUCUCAAACGCUCAUUCUUUGAAGAGACAAGAUCAGCCUUGACAGACCUAAAAAAUGAAAGAAUCAAGAUCAAAUUAGUGUCAGGGCAUGACAUUGUGGCAGUGAAAGCCUUAGCUUGUGAACUAGGAAUAGAAGUUCCCGCUGAAGAUGGUUUUAUUCUUCAAGGAAAAGAAAUUCAAGAUUUAAAUGGCCCAGCCAGGUCAAAGAAGUUGGAUGAAGCACUGGUAAUGGGAGGUUUCCUUCCUGAUCACAAGGUUCUCAUGAUUAGGUGUUUGCAAGAUGAGGGUGACGUGGUUGCAUUCUUUGGAGGAUUGACAUUAAAUGACCCUGCAGUUCGAGAGGCAGCUGAUAUAGUGAUCGAUGCUAAGUCUCAGAACCUGAAAUCUGAUAUGGAGAGUUCAAAUGUAUCUAUUGAAUGUUUCAGUGCAAUAACUACAAUUGUGAGGGCUGGGAGAUGUCAAUAUCACAACAUUCAAAAGUUCAUUCAAUUUCAGCUCACAACUAACUUAUCUGGGUUAUUCAUAACCUUGAUUACAACAAUGUGCACCGGACAGUCUCCCCUAACGGCCAUCCAGUUGAUUUGGGUGAACUCGAUAGUGUGCAUUUUGGGAGGCCUAAUGAUGUUAAUGAAUUUAGACAUCAGGGAAGAUCAGCAUGCUAACCAACCAAAUAACCGGAAGCAGUCACUUAUAACCCAAGAAAUCUGGAAAGACAUAGCCAUUGAUGUCUUGCUGCGGGCUUCUGUUUCUAUGAUAUUUCUUUUUGGAGGACAAGUUACAGACAGCACAAAACAAGUUAGGAAGACUAUGAUCUUCAACAUAUUCAUGUUAUGUCAGGUCUUCAAGCAGCUCAACUUCUUGGGCCUAGCAAUGAAGAAGGGAGUUUUCAAGAUGGUUCCUCUGAGCUACUGUUUCUUGGUCGCAUUAGGGGUUUGCCUGGUUAUGCAGGUUCUGGUGAUUCAAUUUGCAAAUAGCCUAGCAGAUUGCAUGAGCCUGAAUGCAACUCAAUGGGUUAUCUGUUUCUUG